UUUGACCCUUUAUCGAUUGAAAGCAAAAAAGCAGCAACAGUGGUGCUAAUGCUUAAUUCGCCAGAAGAGGAAGUUUUGGCUAAAGCAUGUGAUGCUAUAUAUAAAUUUGCAUCAAAAGUACUUCCAUAGUAGAAGAUCCUCAUGAGAACAACCAGCCUCAAUCAUUGCUACAUGUUUGGGAAUCAAACAAGUGUCUAGUAUUUCAAAUCCCCUAAAUGUUCUUGUUAAAUUAUAUAUAAUCAAGGCACUAUGUGUGUGGCACAUCAAACAUAAAUCGGGGCAGGGCCAUGUUUUUGUUCUGGGUUUUUACAGAACCUAAAAAUGGCCUAACAAAAUGAGGUCCUGGUUUUUGACUGGGGCUCCUAGGUCUUAUGGUAACAACAAUAAUAAUAAUUAAUAAAGAAACCCACAGUUAUGUGGCCCUUCCUUUCCCAAAUUCUCUCCACCCAGUCUAGUCUAAUUAGUGUACUGUGGUGGCAUCUUUGGUUUAAUUUAUUUUUAUAUGAUAUUCCAUCUAUUUUAUGUUGCCCUAAAUUGUAAGGUUUCUGUGUGCUGCAGAUUUUUGUAUUGACAGAAAUUGAUGACAUUGUUAAAGUUGUUAGAGAAAACCUGAAGCUUUUGACUGCUGGCUAGGGAGCAUUUGGGGUUUCUGGAAUCCUGGAAGGUAUGCAGUCUGGGCUUGGUAAACAAUAUUCAGUUGAGACUUUAGGUUCUGAGGAGGAGAUGCAGCAAUAUUUUGGGUAGGGUAGAGAUUACUGUAAAUUUGAGGAGAGAGGGUUGAAUUCCUUGUUCCCCACCCCAACAGCCCUUGACAGCUAUCCCUUUGCUCACCGCAUCACUGUAUCUGCCAACAUGUCCAAAAAUGACAAACAUAUUAGUUUGUUGUUUCUGCUAAACUAAUAACCUGUUAAAUAGUUAAUGUGAAUGUUCUGCUGACCCCACAGCGGGCUAGAGUGUACUUUUGCAAUCAGCCCUGAAUAAGGUGUAUCUACACUGCAGUUGGAGAUGUCAAUUCGGUUCAGGUAGGCAUAUUUGUGCGAGCUUUAAUCUAGCCAGCACAGCUAAAAAUAGCAGUGAAGAUGCAGCAUAGGCUGUACAAGCCCACCCAGAAACCUAGGUACAUGCUCACUUUUCUAGCCCACAUCAUGGUCCAUGCCAUUACAUUUGCACUAUUUUUAGCUGCACUAGCUAGAUUAAAGCUAGUGCACGUAUGCUUACCUGAGCUGCAGUCAGACCCCCAAUUGCAGCGGAGACAUAUUCUAGGAAGUGGGACUUGUCUUCACUGCAAAGUUAACUCGGGUAAUAACUUGAGUCCAAUCCACACACAUAAAAUGGUUCACUGGUGCUGUUAGUUUGAGUUUCUUGUCCAAGAGGGAGUAUAGGCUAAAACCUGAGUGAGCGCAACUCAUCCAGCUCCUAACAUGACAACUCUGCAGUAUGGACACAGGCUAGCUCCACAAGGGCUGCAAGUCCUCCAGUGCCUUUCCAUAGUCCCAUCCUCUCCACCCAUGUGCCCUGAAGGGACAGACAAGUUCUUCCACAAUUCACUGGGAAAUAAUUGAUGGAGCAACUCAGCUUACUGCAGUGCUAAGAACUACAGGCUGUGCUCCCCAGUAGUCUAAGCACCACACAUGAGCGAGUACAGCACCAGUGCAGACACAGCAGCUUGAGUGUUACUUCACAGUGUGGCUGCUCUCACUGGAACUAGGCUAACUUGAGAUGAGAAACUUGCGUGCUGAUAACUAGUUACUCCUUGAUUGAAGACAUACCCCUGGUGUGUAGUGGGGCUGCCCCAAGAACAAUUCCUUCUCUGCUCCCACUUGCUUGCAGUAGAGUAAGUUAUUUCACACCUUUUAAUGGAGCAGCUGUCUCCUCAUUGUGUGCCUGGUCAGCUACUCUUGCCAGCACAUAAUAAGGACAGAGUACUCUCCCCUCCCUCCCUGCCCAUCUCCUCUAAGUGGGGAUGGUUGGAUAAGCAAUUCCUACACUGUCCCCUGUGGCCAGAAGCAUAAUCUGAGCAGGGCUAGGGAGAGGAGAAAGGGCGGGCUUUACUCCCCUUCCUCUUCUGUGCAGCCAACUAAGGGCUGUGACAGUCUAUCUCAGAGCUAUUGUUUUAGUCUGUUUGCAGACGCAGGCAAACGCCAAUACAUCUGUUUCCAUUUGAUUCACAUUUGACAACCAUUUUUAAAUGAAGGUUUGAAUUCUCAGUUUCAAUUAUGAAGCAAUUAAUGUGGUUAUUUAUUUGUAUUAUACCGGGGCCUGCAUAUUGUACAAGAAUAUGACUCCCCAGGCUACUUUUGCCUUCUCUGCAGCUAACAUUUCCAGGGUCAGGUUCCUUGAUGGUGCCCACUCCCAUCUCAGACGAUUUGAUACUUUUAUUCUGCCAUACAAAACUACCCAAUGGCUCGUUCCGUUUGUGGCUUCUCCAGAAAUGGAUUUGUUAAGCUUGCCCAACGCUUCCCAUUAUAAGACUUGUUUUUCAGUUUUUAUAACUUUGCCAGACUUUAACCACUUGGACUGAAAUUUUCCAUGCUAGAUGUCUGUCUCAGGCUGAAUCUUGUUUUUACUGGAACUUUCCAAAAGGCAUUUCCAAGAGCUAUAUUAAGAGAAAAUAUAUUGUUUUGACUAAUUAACAAAUUGGUUGUACAGUUUUUUGGUGAAGUUGUCGCACCUCCAGGCUUUGGAAUAAGGAUUGAAAUUUGACGGAGGGAAGUGAGGUUGCCCUAACGUCAGGAAUGUGGCUUUGCUAUUUCUAUGAACAAUCACCCAAAUUGGACAAGAUAUGAAUGAGCCUUUGAAAAACCUCAGUUUGCACAUGCCCAGUAGAGAUAUUAUACAACUUGGCUGCUGAAUUGUAAAAUGAUUCUCUUAUUGAGCAAACCCAUCCAUGCAUGGCUCUUCUGUGUGAUUGGACUGUGCAUGUUCCAUCCCCCCAGAGUGACUGAGUAUAUUGCCUCUGGAGGCUGCAGAGACUGAGCAGUAUUCUCCAUACAAUUGCUAUCAGCAGAUGGGGUCACGGCAAUCCCUGCUGUGCAGAGGACGUCAUUUUGCUCCACACCGCAUGACCUUGCAUGUACGGUGCGUGCAAGGUCAUGAUGCAUGGAGGACACCAUUUUGCUCUACAAAAUGUUGUCCUCUGCACAGUGUAACUUUGUAUGUAUGGAGUGUGUGUGGUCAUACUGUGCAGAGAAUGUCAGUUUGCUCUUCAAAAUGGUGUCCUCCAUGCUGUCUGGGGUUCCUGCAGGAAAAACUUCAUUAAAAUGGGGUCAUGCCAGCAAAACUUUGGGAACCCCUGGGUUAGUGACAUGGAUCUUGCUUUUUCCUUGCUCUUUUGUUAGGUUGGUGUUGGUGGUAUCCCUCCAGCCUAGUGGGCCUUGAAUCAACACCUCAUUGAUAUGCAUAGGGCAGUGCACAACUUUCAGAGCUGUUGUUUCAGGCUCUCUGAAGACAAGCAGUUACACUUCGUUCACCUUUUCAAACUUUCCUUCACAAUCAUAUGGGCUAGAAACUUACUUUAUAUUUUCAUGAGGAGUCUGAGGUGAUCAUAUGACUUCAAGAGCUGGGGUCUUAGACCCAGGCCUUUAGUGCCUAUGCUUUAAUCCAGCCCUGGAUAUGACAUCACAUCUAUGUGAACCACACAUUUUUUUAUUUACAUGUGGUGUAUUAUGUUUAAUACUGCAGUGUUUAGGGCUAUAAUUCCAUCCAAGAAUUUUAAUGACAGUGUUAUAUUAGAUUGCUUUAUUUUAGAUCAUUUUGGUACUAUUUGAAAUCUAUUCUGUAAUUCAAUAAAGAGAUUGAUGUUAAUAAUACCUUAUAUUAAUAUGAAUGUAUAUUGCAUUAGUAUUAAUUGCUUUUUGUUGCAUUCUGGUCUAAGGUAUUUUCAAUAAUUCAUAUAGGAAUUUAAACCUAAUUACUGUUUAGGUGAUGAAAACAAAGUGACACUUCUUAGUCUUGGAGCUGUGGAGCCUUUAUUUAAACUAGUCUCACAUGAAGACCCACUUGUGCGCAGAAAUGCCAUCAUGGUAUUUGGAAUCAUGGCUUCUAAUAAUAGGUGCUCCCCAAGACCUACCACUCAGAGGCUUUUUAAUUCGACCUAUGGAUGCAUUAUUGCCUGUUUUGGUUUCGCUGAGAUUACACUUCCCCCAAGAGUGACUGCUGACUCUACUAGAUCAGUCUACAUCUCUAGCCCUACUCAAAGAUGUUCUGGUUGCUGAAAUCUGCAGAUCUGCAACAUGGUCUUCAGUUCACAUGUUUUCUGACCACUAUGCUUGAGUUCACGCUGCAAGAUCAUAUGCAGUAGGUAACACAGUUCUUUCUUCGGACUGUGUUCCGAAACGCCUACCUUCUUAAAGGGUUACUGAUAAUGAGUCACCUAAAGUGGAACACCCACAGGGACAAGAUCUUGAAGAACUUGAGUUACUGCACCAGAUGACGUCAGAAAAUUAUUAAGAGAGCUAGAUGUCACAAAUUCAGUCAUAGCUCGGCUGGCGCCAGAAGAAGAUAUAGUUGUCCAUGAGUUUGCCAGUCUUUGCCUAGCACAUAUGGCAGUUGAAUAUACCAGUAAAGUGCAAAUAUUUGAGCAAGGUGGACUAGAACCACUUAUCAGAUUGCUAAGUAGCCCUGAUCCUGACGUUAAGAAGAACUCUGUUGAAUGCAUCUAUCACCUCGUACAGGAUUUUCAAAGCCGGGCUGCAGUUCGUGAACUAAAUGCAAUUCCUGCCUUGCUGGAACUGCUGAAAUCUGAAUAUCCAGUUGUUCAAUUGUUAGCUCUGAAAACCUUUGGUGUAAUUAGCAAUGACAGAGAAACCAGGAUAAUACUGAGAGAAAACCAAGGAUUAGAGCAUCUUUUUAAGAUACUGGAAACUAAGGAAUUUAAUGAUCUUCAUGUGGAAGCUCUUGCAGUGGUGGCAAAUUGUCUUGAGGAUGUGGAUACUAUGCAACUAAUUCAGCAGACAGGAGGUCUUAAAAAGCUACUUUCAUUUGCAGAAAUGUCUACCAUUCCUGAUAUUCAGAAGAAUGCAGCAAAGGCAAUUACUAAAGCAGCUUAUGAUCCUGAAAAUAGAAAAAUUUUGCAUGAAGAAGAGAUUGAAAAAUGCCUCAUCACCCUUUUGGGAACUGACAAUGAUGGUGCUAAAGCUGCUGCUUCUCAAGCUAUUUCUGCUAUGUGUGAGAAUUUAGCUAGCAAAGAUGCUUUUGGAAUCCAAGGGAUUCCCCAGCUAGUUCAGUUGCUAAGCAGUGAGAAUGAAGAGGUAAAAGAAGCUGCUGCCAUAGCUUUGGCUAAUCUCACAACAGGCAGUCCUAGCAAUGCAAGUGCUGUUGCUGAAGCUGAAGGAAUCGAGCCAUUAAUAAAUGUCCUGAGUGCUAAGAGAGAUGGGACUGUUGCUAAUGCAUCUGCAGUACUAACAAAUAUAGCCAUGCAGGAGCCAUUACGUCUCAGCAUCCAUGGUGUUAUGAAUGCAAUUGUAGAACCACUACAGUCUACCAACAGCCUGGUACAAAGCAAAGCAGCACUCACUGUGGCUGCACUUGGUUGUGACGCUGAUGCAAGAACUGAGUUAAGAAAUGCAAGUGGACUUGAACCACUCGUUAAAUUGCUACAUUCUAAGAAUGAUGAAGUCAGAAGAAAUGCCUGUUGGGCAGUUAUGGUUUGUGCAAGCGAUGAACUAACAGCAGUUGAACUUUGCAGACUAGGUGCUUUAGACAUCCUGGAAGAAAUUAACUUGUCAACAGGGCGCAAAAAUAACUUCAGUGAAGGAGCUCUGGACAAGCUACUUGAUAACAACCUUUCCCAAAAAUACAGCCAAAUGGGGUACUUAUCAUCCAGUAACAUAAUUACUGAUGGGUUCUAUGAUUAUGGUCAGGUAAAGCCUGGAGUGAAACUUUUGUCUUUGGAGGAACUGAGUAUACAAGAGCUUAAUGAUCAUCGUGCUAUAAUUUUAGUUAAUGCUAAACUACCAGAAGUUUCUCCCAGUGCAGAGGACAAAUCACAAGAUCUAUAUUAUGGGCGAACCGCAUCUUCUUCUUCUAUUAGAAAAAGUAGUAAAGAAAGAACAAGUGCAGUGGUAUCUCCUGUGGAGGAAAAACAAGACUCUUCUGGACGAUCUCCCUCUUCGCUCAGCAAAAGCAGCACUAGAGAGAAAGGCUCAAGAAAAGGGAAAGGAAAAAAAGAAGAAGAUAAACCAAAAGAAGAAGAAGAGUUGCAAACAAUGCCUAAAGUCCAGCAGGAAGUAAUUUUUGAAAAGUUACCGUGGCUGCCACCAUUUGACUCCAUUUUACUGGAUUACAUUACUGAUGCUUCCAAAAUAAUCCUACCAUUAACUACUACCAAAGAACAGGUUGUGGCACUUGCACUGUUUGUUGCAGAUAAGAUGGGUGGCCCAAUUGAAAGAGACAAAUUACAUGAAUUCAGCUGGGAACUUCAUAUAAGUGAAAUUGAAUUUGAACUGAAAUGCAAUGUCGUACCUAUUGGGAAAAUCAAGAAAGGGACUUUCUACCACAGGGCUUUGCUUUUCAAGGUUAUAGCAGACAGAAUUGGCAUUGGCUGUAGUUUAGUUCGUGGAGAAUACGGCAGAGCUUGGAAUGAAGUUAAAUUAGUUGACGAUUCUCCUCAAGGAAUAACUGGGCUUCUACUUCCUCCUCAAGUGUAUAUUGUAGAUCUAAUGUACCAGCCAGGCUGCUUAAUGAAGCAAGGCACUCUUCCAGCUAGGUCGUCAAACCAGUCAGUCAUGAACUGCUUUGGCUGCUUGGAAUCCAUGCAAUUCACAAAUGCAGGUGCAGAGAAUGUACAAUUUACUCCCAGCAGCAGUGCAAACAGGCCCACAUGGGCCCACCAAUAUCUUUCACCCAGAUCUGGAGAAACAUUCAGGAUAACUGAAGUGUGUUUUAUCUUUGUGUGAUCAGGGAACAGAUGCUAUACAAAUGAUAGAGUUAACACUUUUCAAGUAGUCUCUAAUUACACCAGUAAUAAUAUACUAUGGCAAUGACUGAAGUGUGACAAUGUGCCCCUCUCCCAAGUUGUGUAUUCACUUGCAUCUCUUUAUAUUGCUGGUCAUCGAUACACCUAGAGAAAUCCCAGGCUUAAGAUAUUCCAGUUAAUUUUAUGUUUUUUUCCUUGUAUUGCUCUAGUGCAGUGGUUCUUAGUCUUUACUGUAGCCUGCACCCCUUUGGUUCUCAAAAUAUGUUCUCGCACCCCGUAAACCUAAGAAAUAUGUUCUCACACCUCUUAAACCUAGAUAUAUUUUUGUUUGUAUAUCACAGUAAUCAUUAAAAAAUGUAUAAUGUUA